AUGAAAACGAUCAAAGCCCCCACGAGUAAUUCCAUGGAUGGCAAAAUCAGAUCGAACCAUACAAUCAUUACGGCAUACUUUCUAGUGAACAAAACAAAACGGCACAGCGAUAGCAACUAUAUCGAGUUGAUGGAAAGAUUAUUCAGCAAUUCAGAUCCCAUGAUAAUCUAUACGUCUCCUGAGGUUGCUCCCCUUCUCGCAGAAAUAAGGGGCAAACCAGAACGAACAGUUGUGAUACCCAUGAAUCUAUCCGAUACGAACUUGGUAAAAAGAUAUCCACGACCUGCCUUUUGGGAAAGUGUCUCUAAGGAUGGUAGAGGUGCAGGCAUAAACAAUGGCUACGACUACAAUCUAUAUCAGAUUUGGAACUCAAAGGUAGACUUUUUGAAACUAGGAUCUGAUAUGAACCCGUUUCAAUCCAACUUUUUUGCCUGGAUGGACGCAGGGUUUGUCCGAUGGGACGAGUACACCAAUUCUACAAUAAUACAACGGAUUCCACCGGAGCUUCCGGAAACCAAACUGGCUAUAAUGAAUAUCACUCCCAUCAUUCAUUUCAAGACUCACCAUCAAAUGGGUGGCGGCACAUUUGGAGGGUACAAACCAGCGGUCGACUUGUAUCACGCAAAAUACUACGAAAAAUUUCAUGAGUAUGCCAACUCUACAGAUAGAUAUACUCAUGUAUCCAACGAACAACUUGUCCUCUAUGAAACCUGUCGAGACAAUGACGGACUCUGUUUUACAAUCAAUCCCAGGAAAUCAAACAACAACGCAAUUUCGUGGGGCCUUCAAGUGCCAUACUUUUAUAUGCUGCCCUUUUUCAAUACGAGGGAAUAUGAGGAGAUGGAGGAAAAGAACUUUGUGGAUAAAAGUAGGUGGUGA